CGGCUUGGUUUUGACGAUGGAUCAAUAACACCACCAGCACCAACUCGAUAGUACCAAACCGAGAGAAAAAGCCUACGGGACUUGCACUGCCCUUACCAGCACCAUAUCUUGACAAAGGCAUAAUGUCACAGGAGAUCGACAGGACACUUCAGCUCUCGGGCGAAGACCAACCCUCAGGGGACACGUCAUACUCGCUCGAGCGAUACCUCAACAGUGACGGAGGGGUCGCGGAACGGUUGCUAAGAGGGCUCGAUGUGGGCGGCAUCGUGGGCCGGGCUCAAACGGUCGGGGGCGAGGUGAACAAGAUCGCGGGUAGGGCUGGAGAACAGCCCAAAGGCUCAAGCUGAUGAAUAGUUGUUGAGUACGUUGCAAGGGGUUGCAGGUUAUGUUGUGGAGCAUGUUGCCAGCAAGCACGGAGAUC